GCAGGCUUUCCCUCAUCAGGCUGACCAAAGCUCUCUUCACACAUACCACUCAAGACUCCUGUACAGCGCAAAAUGGAAGAUCAAAAGCAGGUUGGACUCUUUUCUGAAAAAGUUUGGUAGGCAUUUGAACACUGUCACAUGCAGUGAACCAGGCACAUGGAGGACAGCUGACUCUACAGAACCAGGGACUUGGGUUGUUGCCAUGGAACAAAUAUGGUUGCUUCUCCUUCUAGCAAUUAGAGUGUUUCCAGGGUCUGCUCAGUUCAACAGUUACAACUGUGAUGCCAACCUCCACAGCAGAUUUCCUGCUGAAAGAGACAUCAGUGUCUACUGUGGAGUGCAGGCCAUUACGAUGAAGAUUAAUUUUUGCACGGUCCUCUUCUCGGGAUAUUCUGAAACAGAUCUGGCACUGAAUGGAAGGCAUGGGGAUUCCCACUGCAGGGGCUUCAUCAAUAACAACACCUUUCCAGCAGUGGUCAUUUUCAUCAUUAAUCUCAGCACCUUGGAGGGUUGUGGAAACAAUUUAGUGGUGUCUACAAUUCCUGGUGUAGGUGCUUCUGGAAAUGCAACCUCAGUACAGAUAGGAAAUAUUUCCGGAUAUAUUGAUACUCCAGACCCGCCAACAGUUAUCAGUUAUCUUCCUGGGCUCCUUUACAAAUUUAGUUGUAGUUAUCCAUUGGAAUACCUGGUUAAUAACACCCAGCUUGCUUCGUCCUCAGCUGCUAUUUCUGUGAGAGAGAACAAUGGGACAUUUGUCAGCACUUUGAACUUGCUCCUUUAUAACGAUUCAACCUACAGAGAGCAAUUAAUUAUCCCGAGUAUAGGAUUACCCUUGAAAACUAAAGUGUUUGCAGCUGUGCAAGCUACUAAUCUGGAUGGCAGAUGGAAUGUAUUAAUGGAUUAUUGCUACACAACCCCAUCUGGGAAUCCAAAUGAUGAGACUCGUUAUGAUCUCUUCCUUAGCUGUGACAAAGAUCCUCAGACUACCGUCAUCGAAAAUGGCAGAAGCCAGAGGGGCCGGUUUUCCUUUGAAGUCUUCCGUUUUGUGAAACACAAGAAUCAGAAAAUGUCCACUGUCUUUCUGCACUGCCUCACGAAGCUCUGCAGAGCGGACGACUGUCCUCUCCUCAUGCCGAUUUGUGGCAACAGAAAAAGGAGAGAUGCUCAGAGCUGGACGACUUGGGCCCCGCAGAGCACUUCUGGAAACGCGGUCCUCUCUGCGGGACCGAUCAUCACCCGGAGCGAUGAGACUCCAACCAACAAUUCACAGCUUGGUUCCUUGAGUGUGCCUCCCUUUCAGCUGAAUGCCGUCACCAGCUCUCUGAUAUCAGGAAUGGUCAUUCUGGGAGUCAUGUGCUUUUCUCUCCUACUGUGCUCACUAGCCCUUCUGCACAGAAAGGGAUCCACCAGCUUGGUUUUGAAUGGUGUAAGAAACCCUGUCUUUGAGUGACAGUGACUGUUCCUGCUCUAGGACGAAGGUCACUGAUCACUCUGUGCGACUGUGGUCAGCCAUCCAUCUGAGUUCAAUGACAGCAACACUUGAUAUUUUUAGGUUAGGUAGAUUUCUUUUUGUAGCUCAUGAGUGCUAAGAUAGUGAAAGACUAUUGAUGGUAUGGCUACGCCACCUAUGUAAGUGGCCAACCCCAUUUUCUUACCAUCAAAGGGCACAUUGACAAUAACUAAAAAUAUUCAGGACUUAGACCUUAAAAGGUCAGUCAUUUUUCAGUUCAUUUGUAAUUUCUGUUGACUGUUGGUAUAAGAGGUCAAUUUAACCACAGAGGAAAAAAAGAAUUUGUUCCAUUUUCUUCCAAGCAGUAAAGCCCAAUGAGUGAUUUUAAAUUGUGUAUGUGGUCCAAAAAUGAAAGUUACCUUUUGUUUUUUUUAACUCCAGGUAAUUCCAGCUUAAGGCUACAUUUUAAAGGGACAUUUUGAGUUAACUACUAUUUCUCCUGAUCUCUUGUGUCAUGGAUUGAUGUUUAAUCCUGAUGACAUUUGUUUAAAAAAAAAACAAAACUACAAAUACACUUGGAAAAAAAUCUAUUCACAUAGCAAAUAGUAAAAGUGGGUUUUUAAUGUCCAAAGGAUGCAUUGUAUGUUAUCAAAUUAUUUCUUUGAAUAGGGAUGGCUGUGAGGCCUCAUCCUGGUUCAUGUGGGACCAUUGGCACAGGGUAACUCACCUGGCAGUUAAACAUUCAGCUUCCAUGUAUCUAGCAUCAAGGCCACUGUGGGAAGGUUAUUCACAAGUCAUUAUGUGAGAAGCAGACACUGACAGCACCAUAGAAGCAUGAUGCUCCCAUUAGGGUUUCCCAGAAGACCAGUAUUCUUUAUAUCCUAGAACAAAGAGGAACUGCAGAGUAAGUGUUGUUUGUAGAACAUUUUAGGAGCCAACAUGAAGAAGAUGGUCCUUUGUCCUAAACAUUUUAUGAGAAAUGGGGAAAUGAAUGGUUGAAAGGGGCUUUUUUUUAAGAUGUCAUUUUUCUAGAGGCUAUACUCACUACACAAUGAACAAUAGAUUUACCCAGUACUAAACAGUGAGAGCAAUUAUCCUUUAUCAUCUUUCCAAAACGAUAAUAUUUAAUCCAAUUUUUAAACAAGUCAUGUUCAACACAAAAGCAAAAAAAAAAUAGAUUCAAAUUAUUUCCACAACUGGACAAGUAAAAGAACCCAAUGGUGUAUACCAAAGUUCAGUAUGUGCAGCUCCUGGUAGUGCUGUAUUAACUGUAGAAAUUUGAUGUCAUGACACUGUGAUCCACUAUUCAGGACAGAUUUUAAUAUGCCAUAUGUAAAUCAAUAUGCAAUUUUAGAUCUGCUUCAAGUGGAAUAUGUACACUGCAAAUUAAUAUAAUAAUUAAAUCAAUCACCAAGUUAAAAGACUACCCUUUCUCCAAUUUGCUUGAAUAUUUCAGGAGCAAGUGUUUAUAUUACAAUAAUUAGCUAUCUAAUUACCUCAACUCUUCUAUUUCAAGGUGGGUGGCAUGAAGUGAAAUAGAACCUGAAGGAAGAAAUCCUGGAUAAUUUCUUCAAUAUUAAACAAAAAUUAAGCCACUUAAAAAGUCAAUCUCCCCUUUCAUUCUGACCUCCUUCUGUGGUAACACGAUUAACUGAUCAUCACACCAUAGGACUCUCUGUGUAUGUGGACAGUACUGAAAUACUGUGGCGAAUCUAAGUCUAUGUUUUCCUUGGGUGAAUAGUGGUUCAAGCUUAAACUCUGGGACUAGCACUGUAGAUCACGGAGGCUGACUUUUCUGUUUGAAUUCUUCGCCUUUGGAUGGUUAGUGCUUCCUCUUUUGUCCAUUAAAUCCUACACUUUAUUGCACAGAACUAAAUAAUCAACAUACAGCAUUUUGGAAACACCUCAAGCCUAGUGUGUCCUUUGGCUGCCCCUUUUAUCAUGAGCAAGAGAAGCAAAGCUAUAAGCGGGUUUGCUUCAGUCAGCUUUACCCUGUAAUACUCAAACUGUAGGUUCUGUUUUAGUUACUCUGAGUUUUUUUGGUUAUUGUAGUAGGAAGACCUUACAAAUAUGUGCAAAUGUCUUUUCAGUUUUAAUACCUCAAACUGUUU